GUGGGUCCCCGCCCCCAGCUGGGCCUCAGCGGCGGUGCGGGACACCGGCAAUCCGCGGGAGCCGAGCGUGUGUUGGCAGAAAUCCUGGAGUAGGAGCAGUUUCCUGGAAAGUUGUGACUCCAAUCAGCAGAGAGAAAUGGAGCUUCACUGAACUCAGCAGAGCCAGCAAUUCAUGGAGCCAUGCUCAAGAGGAGGUCCAAGUGGCACAGCAAUGGUUAGAGACACUGCUGGGAGCAAACAGCCUCUGACUGCAUAGGGGCCUGUGGGCUUACUCUCUGGUGCCCCUAUGGAGACAGGAAGCCCCGGGUUGAGCAACAUGAAGCCCCAGUCACUGCAGCUGGUGCUGGAGGAGCAAGUGCUGGCACUACAGCAGCAGAUGGCGGAGAAUCAGGCAGCCUCCUGGCGGAAGCUGAAGAACUCCCAGGAGGCCCAGCAGAGGCAAGCAACCCUUGUGAGGAAGCUGCAGGCCAAGGUGUUGCAGUACCGGAGCUGGUGCCAAGAGCUGGAGAAGCGGCUGGAAACCACUGGAGGACUAAUUCCUCAGAGGUGGGAAAAUGUGGAGGAGCCGAACCUGGAACAGCUGCUAAUCCGAUUGGAGGAGGAGCAACAGAGGUGUGAGAGUCUAGCAGAAGUGAACACCCAGCUUCGGUUGCACAUGGAAAAAGCUGACAUGGUGAAUAAAGCCCUUCGGGAAGAUGUGGAAAAGUUGACAGUGGACUGGAGCCGUGCCCGAGAUGAGCUAAUGAGGAAGGAGAGCCAGUGGCAGAUGGAGCAGGAGUUCUUCAAGGGCUACCUGAAAGGGGAGCAUGGUCGCCUUCUCAGUCUAUGGCGGGAGGUGGUGACCUUCCGACGCCACUUCCUGGAAAUGAAGUCAGCUACUGACAGAGAUCUGAUGGAGCUAAAGGCUGAGCAUGUGAGGCUUUCUGGGUCCCUGUUGACCUGUUGUCUGCGCUUGACUGUGGGAGCACAGUCUCGGGAAUCUGAUGGGUCUGGGACAAAGGAUGGGAGUGAGCCAGCCCAGAUGCUGCUGUUACUAGCCAAGACCCAGGAGCUGGAGAAGGAAGCCUAUGAGAGGAGCCAGGAGUUAAAACAGCUGAAGAGUCAAAGGGAUCUGGAGCAGUCUGAACUUCAGGAUCGGGUGACAGAGAUCUCUGCUCUGCUGAUCCAGUCUCAGAAGCAAAAUGAAGAUUAUGAAAAGAUGGUGAAGGCUCUGAGAGAGACAAUGGAGAUCCUGGAGACAAAUCAUGCAGAAUUAAUGGAACAUGAGGCAUCUCUUAGUAGGAAUGCCCAAGAGGAGAAGUUGUCUUUACAGCAGGUGAUCAAAGAUAUAACCCAGGCCAUGGUGGAAGAAGGGGAAAAUAUGGCCCAAGGCACUGAUCAUGAGAGCUCUUUGGUACUGGACUUUAGUGGCUUUUCCUCCCAGUUUGACUCCCAGGACCCAGACAAGGCUCUUAAUCUGGUGCGUUCAGUGUUGACUCAGAGACGCCAGGCUGUGCAGGACCUAAGGCAGCAGCUUUCAGGCUGCCAGGAGGCGAUGAGCUUCUUGCAGCAGCAGCACGAUCAGUGGGAGGAAGAGGGCAAAGCCUUGAGACAGCGGCUACAGAAGCUCACUGGGGAGCGGGACACUCUGGCAGGGCAGACUGUGGACCUCCAGGAAGAGGUGGAUUCUCUCAGCAAGGAGCGAGAGCUCCUGCAGAAGGCCAGAGAAGAGUUGCAGCAGCAACUGGAGGUGCUGGAACAGGAGGCAUGGCGACUGCGAAGGGUAAACAUGGAGCUUCAGCUGCAGGGGGACUCUGCUCAGGGAGAGAAGGAGGAGCAGCAAGAGGAGCUGCACCUGGCUGUCCGGGAAAGGGAGCGCCUUCAGGAGAUGCUGGUGGGCCUGGAAGCCAAACAGUCAGAAUCACUCUGUGAACUGAUCACUCUUCGGGAAGCCCUGGAGUCAAGUCGCCUGGAAGGGGAAUUACUGAAGCAAGAGCAAGCAGAGGUGACCACAGCUCUGGCCAGGGCAGAACAGUCAAUUGCAGAGCUGUCAAGUUCUGAGAACAGCCUGAAGGCAGAGGUGGCUGAUCUUCGGGCUGCAGCUGUCAAGCUCAGUACCUUAAAUGAGGCUUUGGCCUUAGAUAAAGUUGGGCUGAAUCAGCAGCUUCUCCAGUUAGAGCAGGAGAACCAGUCUGUGUGCAGCAGAAUGGAGGCAGCAGAGCAGGUGAAAAUCGCUUUGCAGGUGGACCUGGCAGAAGCAGAAAGGAACAAGGAAGCACUGUGGGAAAAGAAAACUCACCUGGAGGCUCAGCUGCAGAAAGCAGAAGAGGCUGGGGCUGAACUGCAGGCAGAUCUCAGGGGCAUCCAAGAAGACAAGGAAGAAAUUCAAGAGAAACUAAAUGAGGCACGUCACCAGCAGGAGACGGCCACAGCUCAGCUGGAGCAGCUGCAUCAGGAGGCAAAGCGACAGGAAGAAGUACUUGCUAGGGCAGUCCAGGAGAAGGAGGCCCUAGUUCGAGAGAGGGCAGCUCUAGAGGUACGGCUGCAGGCUAUGGAGCGGGACCGGCAGGACCUUGCUGCACAACUAUUAGGGCUCAGCUCAGCCAAGGAACAACUAGAGAGCAGUCUAUUCGAGGCCCAACAACAAAAUUCUGUGAUAGAGGUCACCAAGGGGCAGCUGGAGCUCCAGAUCCAAACUGUCACUCAAGCCAAGGAAGUCAUCCAAGGGGAAGUGAGGUGCCUGAAGGUGGAACUGGAUGCUGAACGGAGCCGGGCAGAGCAGGAGCGGGAUACAGCAGCCAGACAGCUGGCCCAGGCUGAACAAGAGGGACAUACUGCCCUGGAGCAGCAGAAGGUGGCCCAUGAGGAGGAGGUAAACCUACUCCAGGAGAAAUGGGAGAAAGAGCGUUCCAGGCACCAGCAGGCGCUGGAUAAGGCUCUGGAGAGCCUGGAAAGGGAAAAGAUGGAGCUGCAAAUGAGGCUGAGGGAGCAGCAGGCGGAAACAGAGGCCAUCCGGGCACAGAGGGAAGAAGAACAGACCCAGGCUGAGAGUGCCCUAUGCCAGAUGCAGCUGGAAACGGAGAAGGAGAGAGUGUCCCUCCUGGAGACACUGCUGCAGACCCAGAAGGAGCUGGCAGAUGCCAGCCAACAACUGGAACAGCUGAGGCAGGACAUGAAGGUUCAGAAGUUAAAGGAGAAGGAGACAACUGGGAUGCUGCAGACCCAGCUCUGGGAGGCUCAACGGGAGCUGAAGGAGGCAGCCCGGCAGCACAGAGACGACCUUGCUGUCCUCCAAGAAGAGGGCAGCACUCUGCUGCAAGAUAAGAUAGACCUGCAGAAGCAGAUGGAGGACUUGAAGUCUCAGCUGGUGGCCCAGGAUGACUCCCAGAGGCUGGUGGAGCAGGAGGUUCAGAAGAAGCUGAGAGAGGCCCAGGAGUGUAGCCAAAUUAAGAAGGAGCUGGAGAGAGAAAGAGCCAGCCUGACUUUAUCACUGGCGGAAAAGGAACAGAGACUUCUUGUUUUACAAGAAGCUGACUCUGUUCGACAACAAGAGCUGAGCUCCCUGCGCCAGGAGAUGCAGGAGGCCCAGGGAGGGCAGAAAGAGCUCAGUGCCCAGAUGGAAUUACUGAGGCAGGAGAUGAAGGAAAAGGAGGCUGACUUUCUGGCCCAGGAAGCACAGCUACUGGAGGAGUUGGAGGCAUCUCGAAUCUCAGAGGAACAGCUGCAAGCUUCCUUGUGGGCACAGGAAUCCAAGGCAGCCCAACUACAGCUGAGACUGUGCAGCACCCAGAGCCAGCUGGAGGCGCUGGCCGCAGAGCAACAACCUGGGAACCAUGCCCAGGCCCAGCUGGCCAGCCUCUACUCUGUCCUGCAGCAGGCCCUGGGGUCUGUUUGUGAGAGCAGGCCUGAGCUCAGUGGUGGGGGAGACUCUGCUCCCUCCCUCUGGGGCCCUGAGACAGACCAGAAUGGAACUAGGAGUCUCUUUAAGAGAGGGCCCCUCCUGACUGCUCUCUCAGCUGAGGCAGUAGCAUCUGCGCUCCAUAAGCUCCACCAAGACCUGAGGAAGACUCAGCAGGCCCGGAAUGAUCUGAGAGAUCAGACCCAGAAGCUGGAACAGCGUCUAACUGAUACCGAGGCUGAGAAGAACCAGGUCCACACAGAGCUGCAGGAUCUGCAGAGACAGCUCUCCCAGAGCCAGGAAGAGAAAUCCAAGUGGGAAGAAAAACAGAACUCCCUGGAAUCAGAGCUGAUGGAACUGCAUGAAACUGUGGCAUCCUUACAGAGUCGCCUACGGCAAGCAGAGCUACAAGGAAUGGAAGCCCAGAGUGAACGAGAGUUACUUCAAGCAGCCAAGGAGAACCUGACAGCCCAGAUAGAACAUCUGCAAGCAUCUGUUGCAGAAGCCAGGGCUCAGGCAACUGCAGCCAGGGCUUUGGAAGAAGACCUGAGAACAGCUCGCUCAGCACUGAAACUGAAAAAUGAGGAGGUGGAGAGUGAACGUGAGAGAGCCCAGGCUCUGCAAGACCAGGGCGAGCUGAAGGUGGCCCAAGGGAAGGCCUUGCAGGAGAAUUUGGCUAUCUUGGCCCAGACCCUGUCCGAAAGAGAAGGGGAAGUCAAGACUUUGCGGGGAGAAAUCCAUGAACUGGAGAAGCAACGAGAAAUGCAGAAGGCUGCUUUGGAAUUGCUGUCUCUGGACCUGAAGAAGAGGAACCAAGAGGUGGAUCUGCAGCAAGAACAGAUUCAGGAGCUGGAGAAGUGUAGGUCUGUCUUAGAGCAUCUGCCCAUGGCCGUCCAGGAGCGAGAGCAGAAGCUGACUGCGCAGAGGGAGCAAAUCAAAGAGCUUGAGAAGGAUCGGGAGACUCAGAGGAACAUCUUGGAGCAUCAGCUUCUAGAACUUGAGAAGAAGGCCCAAGUGAUUGAGUCCCAGAGAGGACAGAUUCAGGAUCUGAAAAAGCAGUUGGUUACUCUGGAGUGCCUGGCCCUGGAACAGGAGGAAAACCAUCACAAAAUGGAGUGCCAGCAAAAAGUGAUUGAGGAGCUGGAGGGCCAGAAGGAAAUGCAGAGGGUGGCUCUGACCCACCUUACACUGGAUCUAGAAGAAAGGAGCCAGGAGCUGCAGGCACAAAGCAGCCAGAUCCAUGAACUGGAGAACCACAGCACCCUUCUGGCAAGAGAGCUGCAGGAGAGGGACCAGGAGGCGAAGUCCCAGCGAGAACAGAUUGAGGAGCUGCAGAGGCAGAAAGAGUAUCUGACUCAGGAUCUUGAGAGGAGGGACCAGGAGCUGAUGGUGCAGAAGGAGAGGAUUCAGGUUCUAGAAGAUCAAAGGAUGCUACAGACCAAGAUCCUAGAGGAGGACCUGGAACAGAUCAAGCUGUCCUUGAGAGAGCGAGGCCAGGAGCGGGCCUCUCAGAGGCAGCUGAUGCAGGAACAAGCAGAGGAAGGGAAGGGCCAGAGUAAAGCACAGCGUGGGAGCCUAGAGCACAUGAAGCUGAUCCUGCGUGAUAAGGAGAAGGAGGUGGAAAGCCAGCAGGAGCAUAUCCAGGAACUGCAGAAGCACAAGGACCAGCUGGAGCAGCAGCUCCAGGGCCUACACAGGAAGGUGGGUGAGACCAGCCUGCUUCUGACCCAGAGAGAGCAGGAGAUAGUGGUCCUGCAGCGGCACCUGCAGGAAGCCAGGGAACAAGAGGAGCUGCAGAAGCAAUCACUUGAGCGGCAACUGGAAGAAGCCCAGAGAGCCCUGGCCCAGAGAGACCAGGAACUUAAGGCCAUGCAGCAAGAAGAGCGGCAGGCGCGGGGACAGGAGGAGAGCGUGAAGGAAAAGGCAAGCAUGCUCCAAGGAGCUCUGGAGCAGGCCCAUGUGACACUGAAGGAACGCCAGGGAGAGCUUGAGGACCACAAGGAGCAGGUGCGAAGGCUCCAAGAAGAGCUAGCAGUGGAGGGACGGCGGGUACAGGCCCUGGAGGAGGUGUUAGUAGACCUAAGGGCUGAGUCUCAAGAGCAGGAGAAGGCUCUGCUGGCCCUCCAGCAACAGUGUGCUGAACGGGCACAGGAGCAUGAGGCAGAGGCCAGGGCCCUGCAGGACAGCUGGCUACGGGCUGAGGCAAUGCUUACAGAACGGGACCAGGAGCUGGAGGCUCUGCGGGCAGAAAGCCAGUCCUUCCAGGAUCAGGAGGAGGCUGCCCGGAGCCAGGCUGAGGCUCUGCAGGAGGCCCUCAGCAAGGCUCAGGCUGCCCUGCAGGAGAAAGAGCAGCAUCUCCUUGGGCAGGCAGAAUUGAGCCACAGCCUGGAGGCCAGCACUGCCACAUUGCAGGCCACUCUGGACGCUUGCCAGGCACACGCCCGGCAGCUGGAGGAGGCCUUAAAGAAGCGAGAAGGUGAGAUCCAGGACCAGGAUCUCCGACACCAGGAGGAUGUGCAGCAGCUCCAGCAGGCACUUGCCCAGAGGGACGAAGAGCUGAGACAUCAGAAGGAACAGGGGCAGCUGCUGGAGAAGCCUCUGGACCAAAGGGGCCAGGAGAAUGUGAUCCAAGAGAACCCGAACCUGGGGCAGGAAAGAGAAGAGGAAGAGAGAGGCCUUCGUGAGAGUCUGAGGGAUCUACAGCAGAUUCUAGCCCAAAAGGAAGAGGAGAUCCUGGAGCUGAGGGAGGCCCAGCAAAGGAAGACUCUGGAGGCCUCACCCCACAGCCACAAAGCUUCCUCAGUGGAGGAGCCAUCUCCAAAAUAUGAAGCUUUAGGGCCUGGAUUGCAGCGGGAGCUGGAGCGACUACAUGUAGCCCUGAGACAGACAGAGGCCAGGGAGAUAGAGUGGAGGGAGAAGGCCCAGGACUUGGAGGUGUCCCUGGCCCAGAGCAAAGCCAGUGUCAACCAUCUGCAGGAGUUAGCCAUGUUCCUACAAGCCUCUGUCCUGGAGCGGGACUUGGAACAGCAGAAGCUGCAGGAUGAGCUAGAACUCACCAGACAGGCUCUGGAGAAGGAGCAGCUACACAGCCCAGGCUCGACCAGCAGAGCAGAGCGGGGGCCUAGAGGACAGCAGGGUGUCCAGCCAGGAGAGGUCUCAGGAGUGGAGGCUGAGCCUACUUCUGGAAUGGAGGAGAAGCAGCCAUGGAGAGAAAGGCUUGAACAUCUGCAGCAAGCGGUGGCACGGCUGGAGAUUGACCGGAGCAGACUGCAGCACCACAAUGUCCAGCUGCGGACCACCUUGGAGCAGGUGGAGCGAGAGCGGAGGAAGCUGAAGAGGGAUUCCAUGCAUGCAGCCCGGGCAGGGGCCCUGGCGAUGAGCAAAGCCCCGGGUUCAUCACCCACACAGAAGGAUGGAAGAGGAGGACAGAAGGGCUUCUCAGAUGCAAAGCAUAUGGUUGAACUGCAGCAAGAGGUGGCCUUGCUGCGAGCCCAGCUGGCCUUGGAGCGAAGGCAGAAGCAGGACUACAUCGCUCGCUCAGUUCAGACCAGCCGGGAGCUAGCAGGCCUGCACCACAGCCUCUCCCACUCACUUCUUGCUGUGGCCCAGGCCCCCGAGGCCACUGUCCUGGAGGCUGAGACCCGCAAGCUGGACGAGUCCCUGACUCAAAGUCUUACAUCCCCAGGGUCGGUCCUGCUGUACCCCAGCCCCAGCCCCAGCCCUACCCAAGCCACCUCCAGGUAGCAGCCACAGCCAGGGCAGGUUACAGGCCAGCCUGGGAGCACACAGACAGAUGACUGUGGAGUGGGUCAUGGCCCCGCCACACAGCCACAGGUUUGCCGAAAGAAGGGUCUGGCUCUGUUACCUAAACUGGGAGCCCCAGGAAGAGUAAGGAAACUUGCGAGGCAGGGAGGGCCCUGACUGACUCGAGAAUGAGGCAAGUUACAUCUGCCUGCAAGCCUACAGAGUCACCCGGAGGAUUGCUUCACCCUGGCUGAGGCCAGAAUUUACUUUCUCAGCACUUCACCUUCCCCUUCAACAAUAAACCCUGGGUCUUUGUAUUA